AUGGGGUGCUUAACGCCAUGAUUACCACAAAUACAAAGAGUAGUGCUUUGAUAUUGAUAUGAAUCGUGAAUGUGUCAUAUUACUAUACAUAUUUAUAUUUGUAGUGAAUUACGUCAUGUUAUAUUAAUAUUAUGAUCUGUCUUGUUGGCCACUUACUGUAGUGCAAUAAAUUCAAUAAUUAACUUUUUAAUAUUAUUUUUAGGCGGGCGUUAGUAAUAGAUUAAUUAUAAUAAUUACCCCUUACCGGGUAUUAUUAAUAUAGCCUACGGCUUAUUCUUAACUUAUAGUAUAGUAAUAAAUUAUUUCUAAUGAAAGUGAAAUACAUAAAAAAAUUCCUAGUAACCUGAUGGAGCUACAUUUAUAGUAUUUUAAAAGUAAAUUACUGUCUUUUUGUUUGAAUACAUUGACCAUUUCAUUUAAUUUUAACAAUACCAAUAAAGUAGAUUUCAUUACAUGUCUCAUGUCAUGAAUCUUUUGUCAUGAUUUUGUUUGUCACUAAAGGCGCCAUUUUGGUAAAUCUUCAAAGAUGCUUAUAAAAGUUGCCAUGUGCAUGUAUCUGGAUUUAAAUACAGUCAUACCUCGCCACAUCAUGCUUCGAUUUUUGCUUCUUCACUCUAUCGCGGAAGCGAUGAGGUGUUCAUGGCCUUAUAAUAUUUUUGUUUAGGAAGGUGAGGACAUCGACACAGUCACAGCGGGUACCCAGUGGACCGGAAUCAGUUUUAUGUGGAACUUAUGGGCAGAUUUAUGGAACUUCUGGGUAGAUUUCUGUAAAUAAUGCACGUAAUGCUGCAUAUCCUUUGCGGUGUAUGUCUGCUGCGGUGACCAGCCAACUGAACGCAGGACAAGAAAUCCCAUGACAACUGAAAGUAAGACAUCCAAAAACAGGAUAAGUGAACCAACGGAUAAGUGAAAAUGUAGGCAACUGAACCCAUGAACAACUGAACACAAAAUAAAAAUAUAUGCUCAUGCACCUAAGCAUGAGGGGCUCCACAACUUUAAGGGGUGCCGUGACCCAAUUUGACAUCCCUAGGUUUCCAAAGAUGGCUGAUCUAAUUCUAGAAUAUGUAUGGCUGCAUGUGGCCAGGCCCCAGGUUGGCCACCCUUGGCAUAGUGUACAGUCUAGUAAGAAGGGGAAAGUGCAUAAAUCAAGGAUAAGUUACCCGGUAUUCAAACAUGUUGUGCAUCAUUAAAAGAUUACUGUACGGGUUAACUGUAACAAAACAUUUUAACAUAUGGAACUGGAACAUAGUAAUCAAAGUAUGCUGUUUCUUUCCAUAAAGGACUGGGUCUGCAUAGAAAAAGGUGUUCUUGCUUUUGAAUAUUUGAUGUGGUUAUUCGUGAGUUGUAAAAAACAAAGUUAAUGACUACAAAAUAAUUUUUUUACAAAAGAUUAAGUAGGCCUACAUGUCAUAUCCAGGCAUAAAAAAAUUACACAACUAAAAAUACCGGUAUGGUAUAUAUCAUUCAUCAGAAUUGGUAUCAGAAUAAUAUGGGGUGUUCAAAAUAAUGCAACCGAGACACAAUCGUUCUCCAUGUAACCAAAAAAAAUUUUGAUUUUUGGACAACCAUGGCGCCAAAACAAUUUUAAAUGCCCUAGUUUUAAAUUUGUAAAAAUUUUCAACUUUGAAGUUCUAAUUGAAGUUUAAUGGACCUGUAAAGUUCAAAAUAACAGGAUUUUCACUGAUAACGCACUCAUCAAGUAUAUGUAUGUCAUAAAAUAUAUUGUCUUGGGCUUUACAUUUUGCAUUAUGGGGAUGGGAGGAAAGGCUACAACCAACAACCUUCAGUGUUUACUUGCGGUAAGAGCCACAAGGAUUACCACUCUGUGAUCAGACUCCUGAUGUAGACAUGUGCUGUACAAAAAAAACAUACAUCAAAACAAUUGGUAUAAAUUAAGAAAAUGAAAUAGAAUAAAAAGAAUAAAAAUUCAAUGUAAGUUGUAAGUCUUAGCUCACGUAUUAUAAGCUUGGUCUAUAAUUCCAACAAUUUGCGAUUAAUAAUACUUCUUACUUCUCAAAAUAAAAGUAAAAUAAAAAUAGCUUGGCCUAACCCAUAUUUAUAUACCAGUACAACAGGUAGUUACUUUUUUCUAUUUGGAGGAACCAGUCUUUAGGGUGGUCCAAACAUAAUGUCUCCCUCUGCUUACAUGUGCACAAUUUUUUGAAUAUGGGAAGAGAAUUACAUUUGCAAUUGAUAUACUUAGAUAAAGGUCCUAUUUAUUAUUUGGACCCCGAAGUCUAGUCAUCAGUAUACUUAUUACUAGGCCUUCAAAUAAAGUCAAGUUAAUAACUUAAUACAAUACUUAACUUAUUAUUUGCUCCUCAGAGUGAUAUGUACUGUUGUUAAAAUCAAGUACUGGUAGGCAUCAAAUUAAAAAUUUUAAAUCAAAAAGAGGUUGAAACUACAAGAUUAAAAUUGACUAUGGCUAACAAGGCUUCACCUGUAAUAAAAAGGCUAGAUGAAGUUGUGGUCAACAGAAUUGCUGCAGGGGAAGUAAUUCAAAGACCAGCAAAUGCUUUGAAGGAGAUGCUAGAAAACUGGUAUGUAGAGACAGGUUUUACUAGACUUAGGUACCAUAUCUGUAAUAAUUUGUUAGCAACAAGAUUUCAGCUAUAUUUGAUGUGCCAUUUCAAACAAUAGCCCCUGUCAAAUUAUUUAGUGACAGAACUGUUUAAACAUGUGUGUUUGUGCAGUUGUAUUUUUGCUUCAAUGGAACUACCACUGUAACAAAUGUAUUUUACAUCUACUCUUUUCAGUUUAGACGCAGGAGCCACCAACAUUCAAAUCACAGUGAAACAAGGGGGACUGAAAAUGUUACAAAUUCAAGACAAUGGGUGUGGAAUCAGAGUAGGUUUUCCAUGUGUCAGUUCUCCUUAGUUAAAUACAGAGGAAUAAAAUGUGUAUUUUUCUUCAUGUGUGAGUGUGUAACCUACUCCUAUUGUAAGACAAGAAACAAAGUCUUAUACUUACAUUGCUCAAAUGUUUCACUUGAAAAAGGCCUACAGUUCGUAUGUUUAAAACCUUUUUCUUUUAUCUGGAAAUUUAACUUAUACUAUUUUUUGUCUCUUUUAAAUAAAACAGAAAGAAGAUAUGGAGAUUGUGUGUGAAAGAUUUACUACUAGUAAACUUCGGCAGUUUGAAGAUCUUAAUAGCAUUAAUACUUAUGGAUUCAGGGGCGAAGCUCUAGCAAGUAUUAGUCAUGUAGCACAUCUAACUAUUACAACCAGAACAGCUUCUUCCAAAUGUGCCUUUAGGUAAAUUUAUGUCACACAAUUUUAAUAAUAAAUGUUAACUACUUUGCAACACCAAAUAUCUAAACUGUCUUUGAGCUGGAAUUUAAUGUAUUACCAUUGUUUAGAAUAAACUUCUGCUGAUUGCCUGGUAGAAUAAUGGUCUGAACAAGAAAUGGAAACAGUCUUUUAAGCAAAUUAUACAAUUUAUUUAAAAUUUGAUACAUUUCUUUUUCUUAAUUCCUGUCUGAAAAUUUACUUUUUUGUACCGGUACUCGGAAAAAGAUAUGCUAAAGAUUCUAGUGAUUUUAGCACAUUAUCACCAUUUGAGAAUAAGUGUUGAAAGAAUUUGUUUGAGGUUUUCUUCUUUAAAAUUACUUUUAUUGUCUUCAGGGGUGUAUACUCUGAUGGUAAACUGAAAGAGCCAGUAAAACCAUGUGCAGGAAACUUGGGAACACAAAUAACUGUAUGUAAUAUGCCAUGAUUGCCUUGAUCUUUAAUUUAUAAAAAAGUUUAAAUAAGAUUGAUCUUAUAAAGCUAUUGCAAAAGUUUAUAAUAUUAAUAAUAAGCAUUACUUUUAACCCCAACAACAAGCUUAUAAUUAUGUUUGUUAGGUUUUUAUUUUAAUAAUUUAAUUGAGCACCGUAAGUGUUUACUUUUGCCAUGACACUGUAGGAACAUAUUUAUUAUUGUUAAGGAGAUUUUCAAAUUGUUAUAUAUAUUAAAAUAAUUAAAGAUAUGAAAAUACUUCACUUAUUUUGAAGGUAGAGGAUUUAUUUUACAAUAUAUCCACAAGGCGCAAAGCAUUGCGAAGUCCAGCAGAAGAACAUGCUAAAGUAGUGGAUGUUGUAAGCAAGUUAGUAAAUUAUUGCUUGAAAGACAAAUUAAAAAUUUUUAACAAUGUUUACUACCCCAACUUCUCAGGAAUAGAAAUACAUUGACAUUAAAUAAUUUAAGAAUCAUGUUGAAUUUUAAAGAAACUGAAUGAAGUUUUAAUACUCAGAAAAUAAUAAUAAUAUUUUUAAAAAAUUAAUUUUUAACAUGAACAAGUAAUUUUUAACCCUCAAACUGGGGUCGGCUGACAAAAUCGGCUGAUAUUCUCGUUCUGUGCUGUGGCGGCCGAAAAAAUUGGCCCAUAAAAAACACAGUCCGAUAGCAACUUCCAAUCCAAUAUUUAACCGAAAUCAUAGCCACUUACUUUUAUUAAUCAUAAAUCAACUUCAGGGUCAAGCUGUUUCUUGAUAACUUAACAAUAAGUACUUUUUAAUCAGAAUUUUAUAUCACUGUUUUUUUUAAAUUUUAAUCAAAACCUUAGCAAACUAUACAUUUUCUGAAGGAUAAAUAAAUUAGCUACAACAUUUAGAUUUGUGUUUUAAGUGUAUCUAUAAAAAUUAAUGAUGUUAUGAGCACUUGAGAGCAAGACAUUUUGUCGAUUUUUAUUUUUUUGAGCACUCCAAUGUCAAGGACACUGAGCAAAAAAUUAUUUACCGGUUGGGCAAUAUAGCCAACUUUAUCUCCAUCCAUUUACCUUUCUAAAAAUAUAUGACUAUUGGGGUCUUGGAUCAAUAUUUCUAUGUCAUGUAAUGCAAUUUCAAAAGGCUCUCAAAAAUCUCUGAAAAGCUCCACACCACAGAAUGAUGCAUGCCACAGUUCGAGGGUUAAAUGAAAGUUUAAGCUUUAAUUUUUAAAAACUAUUCCGAAAAAAAAAAAAUCACGUCUAAUCAGCCUCAUUGAAGUUUUAAGAAAGCUGUCAUGCCAGCUGAAUGGACUCAUUUAAAUCAUUUCUCAAAUCUUGUUAUGAUAUCUCUUAAUUUCAGAUAUGCAAUUCAUAACAGUCAAGUGGCAUUUACAUUAAAAAAGGUAGACCUAUUUUUAGCAUUUAAUUCCAUUUCCACCCAGUCAUAGUUAUGUACCGGUAUCAGAUUAAAAAUAUCUAAAGAUUUUAUUCUUAUAAAUAAUUGUUCUGCUUUAUUCUUCACAAUGGUAUUUGGCAAUGUUCCUUUUAAUUAUUUUGGGUUAUUUGUGAAAUAAAUUCAGAAUUUUCAAAAAUGAAAUGAAGCAAAAUCUAUGGAUAUUCAAAUAUCAAAAUAAAUAAUAUUGCACCUUAUUUCUUUAUACAAGUCUUAAUAACUUAAUUUUUUUAUCAAAGUGACGUUUGAUGCACUGAUCUCUUUUUUUUUUUUUUUUUUUAAAAAAAAAAAAAAAAAAAAAAAAAAAUUUUUUGGUUAAAUUUUAAGAUUAAAUUUUGCUUAAUUCAAAAAUUCAUAUAACUUUUUGGGUGCUAUAAAUAGUUUGCUGUGUUUACAGGUGAUAUGGUAAAGCUCAUUUUAUUUUUAUUGAAUGCUUAGCCCCUAUUAAAUUUUUUUUUUUUUUUUUUUUUUUUUUUUUUUUUUACAUUAUUGGUUAAAUUUUAAGACUAAAUCUUGCUUAAUUCAAAAAUGCAUAUAACUUUAUGGGUGCUAUAAAUAGUGUGCUGUGUUUACAGGUGAUAUGGUAAAGCUCAUUUUAUCUUUACUGAAUGCUUAGCCCCUAUUAAAUUUUAUUUUUGCGUAAUUUCUAUCGUUGUAACCAGUAAAUAUAUCAUAACACAUAACAUUAUUUUUAAAAACAGCAAGGAGAUAGCAUUGCUGAUGUCAGGACCCCUCCAGCAUCAACAUAUGUUGAUAAUAUACGUGCAAUUUAUGGUGUAGCUGUCAGUAGGUGAGUCUGGUAAAAUUCAUAUUUACAUAGCUCAUUUUAAUGAUUAUGGCUCCAAUAUUCUUUAAAAACUCAUCAAAAUUAAAAUACUUAAAUAUUUAACUUCUUUGCAUAAAAAGUAUAUAAAUUAAUUUAAAUGUCAUUAUGAAAUGCCUAAUUUUAAAACUUUUUUGACAAUGCUGUUCAUUAUCUGACUUUAAAAGAUUGCAACAGAUUUUUAUAACAAUUUUUGUAGAGAACUACUAGAAGUGAAUCAUGAAGAUUCUAAAUUGGGUUUCACAAUGCACGCCUUCAUUAGUAAUGCAAAUUAUUCGAUAAAGAAAUCAUCAUUUUUGCUGUUCAUCAAUCGUAAGUAAAAAAAAAUAAUUUUUUUUAAAAUUAUGUAAUUUUAUUAAUGACUGGUACCAUAAUAUUAUUCUUGUUUUUUUCUGUCACUGCUGUAUGCUUUAUCAAUUUAAAUGAUUUAAACAGUUCUAAUAACCUCAUUUACCUUAAAUUCUAAAUAUUUUUAUUAUAAAUAAAAUUGUCUUAGGAGAGCCCAGAUAACCGAUUUUAAUAUGGUAAAUAAAAUUAUAAAUAAAACCACAUUUUUAUUAAUUAUUUGCAUUUUGGUUUUCAAUAAUCAUAAUAAUACCUGAAUUUUUAUAAUACAGGACAUUUUUAUUUUAGAUAGACUUGUUGACUCAUCUGCCAUUCGGAAAGCUUUAGACACAGUGUAUCAAGCAUAUUUACCUAAAGGAUCACACCCUUUUAUUUAUCUAAGGUAACACAUUAAUGAAGUGUCAGUAUAUAUUCAGCUUUAACUGGACAGCUCUUAAAUGAUUUUUUUCAAAAAGCCUUCAGCUGAAUAUUAUUUAUCUUUUCAAAAGUUUAAUGUUUUAUUAGCUCAUCUGAAUUAUACCAUCACACAUGUAACAGCUAAAAAAUGACAAUAAUAUAUUGUUUCGUAAUUUAGUAUUAACAUAAAGUUUGAUAUUGAAAUGUCAUGCGCUGAAGAGGGAGAGGAAGUGUGAUUUUUGAACAUGGUCAAGGAGGAUGAAAUUGAAUUAAUGAAUGUGUUUGCGCUUACAAAGAAAUAUCUCAUAGCAUCGGACUAUAUAUCGUCCAAUUGAGUGUAUUAAGAAGUAAGUGAAGUUAACAAGAUGAUGAAAAUUAUGUUUACUCCAAUCUGGAGAUUUAUUUCUCAUAUUUGUGAAACGUAUUGUGUAAAUAAAAUAUAGUGAUGCAACCAUAUCGAAUUUACCUCAUGCGUUCAAUGAUUAUUGUAAUAAUUAUUAGAAAGCACUAAAUCACCACUAAGGUGCUGGAUACACAUAUACAGAUGUAAAUGAUAAGUAAAUAAAGAAGAGCGUUCAACAUUAUACAAUAACACAACACUAUAUUAAAGUCUUAAUCUCUGAAUGACUAUUUUCAGUUUAGAAAUUACGCCACAAAAUGUUGAUGUGAAUGUCCACCCUACAAAACAUGAAGUACAUUUCCUGCAUGAAGAUGCAAUUAUUGCUUCUAUUCAAACUGCAGUGGAAGCAAAACUCCUAGGUUCAAAUUCAUCCAGAACAUUUUUUACACAGGUUAGUUUUCUAUGAUGAUGUUUUUAACUUUAUCACUGAAGAUCAUAGGGUGGGAACUAAUUUGCAUGAAAGGAGUGGGUAUGUAGCCCGAUUCUGGAAAUGGGGAUUUUAUGAGAUUUGGGGCAGGAAAAGCUAUUGUUUACUGAUAGGAUGUUAGGAGCCUUAUUUUGAUGUUUGUACUUCUCCUCAUCUACCUCUCGGUGAGACUUGAUUGGCUGUGUGAGAGGUUUCAUUAAGGAUCUUUGAUCCUCCCUCUGAAGACAGCAAUUCUUUCUUCUAGGUUAGCUAAUGCCAGGUGAUGCUUGAGCAGGUCAUUGUAAUGCUUUCUAGGAGCUCCUAUUUUACACUUUAUAUUUUUAUAUAAUUUAUUUAAAUUUCAGUAAAAUAGCAUAAAAGAAAUUCUUUAUUAGAUUAAUUUGAAAAUUUAAUGGUUAUUAAUUUUAUUUCCAAGGCAAUGUUGCCAGGGCCAGCUCCUGAUGAACAAAAAAGUAAACAAGAUAAUGCUAAUGGUAGGAAGCCAACCUAUUCUCAUCAUGUCCCAUAGCCUGAAUAACUGAUGCAACUUAAAUUUUUUAAAAGUGUGCUUUAAACUAAAAUAUUUGCAUCUAUCAUGAUUUUAAAAAUAAUUUUCUCUGUAUUUAAUAUAAUUAGAAGAAAUAAUUUUUCAACAGAUGCAAAAACAGUUAGAGCACAAGAAAUGGUACGGACUGAUAACAAAGAACAAAAACUUGAUGCAUUUCUGGGAAAGCCUGUGUCAAGUAACUCAACUAAAACUUCAGUCAAUAAGUAUGAUUCAAUGUUACUGUUUGUAUCACUUAUGUUGCCAACUUAGUUUUAUUAUAAGGCCUUUAACAUAAUCUUUUAAAAAAUACUAAAGACAAUAAUGAAUACAACUCUACAGAAUGUAGUGCGGCUUAUGCAACACUACAUGAAAGGGCAUUAUAAUUCUUAGAAAAAGUACUCCAAUAACUUAAUCAAGGUUUGAAUACCUGAAUCUCGAUCUUGAAUGUUAACAGUUUUUUUAAAAAUUUAACUAAACUGCAUAUUUUAUUCAAAUGCAGGCAGGAUGAAGAGCCUACCCCAGAUUCAUCAUCUGUAAAAAACAAUGACCAAAUCACCCAGCCCAAAGUAAAAAGAAGAGAAAUACAUUUGAAUAGUGUUUUGCAGUUACGACAGAAUGUUAAAGAUAAUGCCAGCGACAGUAAGCCAUCGUAACUUGCUUACAAUGAUUUCUGUAAUAAAUAUGUUGAAAUAAAAGUUCAAAUAAGUUACUUGUAAAUAAAUCUGAUUAAAAUUCAAUUAAAUCAUCUUCUUUUUUACUUAUAAGGUAUGCGUGAUAUCCUUCAAAAUCAUUCCUUUGUUGGGUGUGUUAGUGAAAGCCAUGCAUUGAUACAACAUAACACCAGGCUUUUCUUGGCUAACACAACAACCUUUAGGUAAGUAAAAUUCUGGAGAUAUUAUUGUUUGUAUAUGUAGAAGAACAAAAUUCUGCGACUAAGAUAUUAAUGUUAAAUAAAAAUUAAGCUAUUUGAAUUACAUUUAAAUAAAUAUUUGAACAAAAACAAAACAUUUUGCCUUUCAGCAAGUAUCUCUUCUAUCAGAUAAUGCUUCAAGAUUUUGGUAACUUUGGAGUUCUUCGCUUGUCGGUAAACAGACUUUUUGUAAACCUUAAAUGAAAAUAUUUGAUUGAAAGACUUUGGGUUCACAAUAUCAAUUCAUUAACUAUGCAACAAUUUCACCUCCAGUUUUCAAUUAUGAAAGCACAUUUGAGAUUGCUGAUAUUUUUUCUGAUAUUGUAAAAUCAUUUAACUAGUCCACUUCUAUUGUUCAUUAAGCAGUUGUUACUGGUUCGUAAGUACAGAAAGUUUAGACCUAUUUUGCUUUUAUCAAUUGUGUGUUUUAUUAAGGCUACACUAGUAGUUUUCACAUGAAAAUCAAAUGACUGAUGUAAGUACAUGCAAAGUACUGAGUUAAUUUAUUCAUAACCAUUUUAAUCACUACAUUUUUAUGAAUAUGGUUUUAUACCCAGUUUUAUUUAACUUAUUAGCAUUGCCAGACUGGGUCAAUCUGUCAAAUGUUGUGCUGCACUGACACUUUUUAGCAAACUUUCCAGUAUAUGAGAGCGUUGAAAUACUGCUGAAAACAUAUCUUGUGUAACAUUUUCAUAAUUAAUUUUUUAGCACUAAUCAGCAUAUUUGAAAUCAUUAUUACCAUCUUUCCAUAGUGAGGUAGGAAGACGCCUGUGUGCACCUUUUAUCAGUAGAUCAGAUCCAUUAAAAUAAGGGCAGUAACUCUAAAUAUCUAAUCAUAUAAUCACCAAGUAUAUGGGAAUCAUGCUAAUAAUGUGACUUUCAUGGGUUUGAUUCCCCUUCUGGUGGAUUUUAUUUUUCAAAUUAGUGACAUUUGCCUACUAAUACAAAUAGGAGUGGGCCAACUAAAAUUGACUUGGUCAGUAAAAUUUCUUGGACAAUUUCAGCAUCUAUUAAAGUCUUCGUACAUACUUCAAACUAUAAAAUAAAAGCAUGUACCCAAAUGUUUUAGUUUAGUACACACUACAAACUAUAAAAACAUGUACCCAAAUGUUUUAGUACAUACUACAAACUAUAAAAGGAUGCAUCCAAAAAAACAAAGUUGAAGUUGAUAUUGAAAACACAUUGCCUUUUGCAAUACUGAAAUUUAAUUUUUGCAGUUUUUUCAUUUUUACACUACAUGCCUAAAAUUAUCAUUGGUUUGAAAAGUCAUUAGUCUAAAAUUGAAACAAUUUAAUAUGAUCACUAGAUAAUGUAAUAAAUAACAAGAUUGAGUACUGGAUCUUAAACUUUUUUUCUCCAUAUUUCAUUUUUUUCUCAUUGAUAUUUGUUACAAAGAAUGGUUACUGAGACUGAAAUGGUAACAUUAGUUAACUGAAAGGAGGGGUGGGUUACCACACACCUCAGGAAAACUAUAAGACUCAUGUAGACUUUCAGGAUAUAAUUGACAGCCUACCUCUUUUCAGUUUCCUGGGCUAUAAUGGCUUUUUCACUUAAUUAAUUCAAACUACCAUACAACUAAAUGUCACUUAAUGGUUAUGUCUACAUUAUCACAUGUAGAGGAGAUCUAGUUAUGAAUAAUUGUGUUAAGCUGUUUUGUAUAUUCUGCCAAAAUAAAUUAGCUCAUAAAAAGCACUAGUCUCCCCUUAAGUGAGACAUUUGUCACAAUACUUCCAUUAAACAUUCAUUUUUUUUCCUUAUUUAUUAUCUCAAAAUUAAUACAAAUGAACAUGCAACUUUUUUUUUAAAUUCUGGGAAUUAAUUAUGAAAAAAGUUUUGAUAAUAUUAAUAAAGUGUAUGGAAAAUUAUUUUUUACCUAUUAUGGAAAAGCAUUUGACAACUAAUUUUUAUUUAUUAACUUAAGGAACCAGCUCCUAUUAAGGCAUUAAUUCUUCUGGCUUUGGACAGUCCAGCCUCAGGGUGGACUCCUUCACAUGGUCCUAAAGAGGAGAAUGCAGACUAUGUAGUGACAUUCCUUACAUCUAAAGCAGCAAUGCUACAGGAUUACUUUAGUCUUGAGAUUGAGGUAUGUUGCUUAAAAAAACAGACUUGAAUUUUGGUUACAUUAAAAAGCAAGUUUUUAGUGAUUAUUUGAGAGCUAAUAGUAAAAAGUGCCAACUUUUUUUUUUGUUGAGAUGCUAUGUGCUCUAUUGUGUGAAAUUUCAAAUUAUGUUAUAACAGCUUAUUUUAUUUUAGUAAUUCCUAUGGUUUUUAACAAGUUGAUCACCUUUAAUUACUGAGAAAAUGGCAUUGUUUAUCUGGUAGCACUACCAAUUGUUUCAUAAAAUUUUUAUUUUAUAUUUUUAAUUAUAAAUACAGGGUAACUAUAUAUUUCAAAACAAAUGCUUAAAAUAUAUUACAUUGAUAUAAAAUUAAAAUUAUCUGCCAUCUGAGCAAAUUUUUUAAAAUGUCUUUUUCAAAGAAUGGAAAUUUGCUGACUCUACCAAUGUUGUUAGAGAACUACAUCCCACCGUUUGAUGAAUUGCCAUUUUACAUCCUUCGUCUGGCUACUGAGGUGUGUAUUUUGUAAUAGGUAGCUGGUCUCUAAAAUUUAAUUAUUGACCCUAAAAGAAAUUUUUCUAAAGCUCCAACUCAUUACGCCACAUAGGUAAUCUUUUUCAAUUAUUAAAUAAUAAAAGAACCAAAUUGCUUCUUUUUUCUGAUAUAUUUUAUAUUUAAAUUAAAUAUGUUUUCAAUGUAAUUCGAUAUACAGUGAUCCCUUGACUAUCCUCCUGGGGGUUAGGUUCUAGAACACACAUAUACCACACCCCCCCCCCCCCACACCCCAACAGACAAAAAUCAGCAAAGCAGUGAUCUUAUAUUAAAUUUUUUUAUAUAUAUAUUUUAAGAAGUCUUUAUAAACCCUCCCUUUUAAAUUAAAUAUGUUUUCAAUAUAAUUCGAUAUACAGUGAUCCCUUGACUAUCCUCCUGGGGGUUAGGUUCUAGAACACACAUAUACCACACCCCCCCCCCCCACACCCCAACAGACAAAAAUCAGCAAAGCAGUGAUCUUAUAUUAAAUUUUUUUAUAUAUAUAUUUUAAGAAGUCUUUAUAAACCCUCCCCACACUCUUAAAGACCUUGUCAAUUUACCCACUCUGUACCACUUUGAGUUUCUGUGUAGGAUUCUCUCCCCUGUGUUUAUUCAUGGAGCAUUAGAUUUUUAAUAUUAAUAUGCAGACAUUUUUUCGAUUGAUGGCUUUUUUAAUGAAUAUUUCAUUGGGUGGUUAAUUAUAAUAUUUAAAAAACAAGAUUAAGGUACCGAGGCUAUUUUGUCUGCAUUUUAGGGAACCUGUAAUAAAGUGUAUUCAAUGAAAUUGUAAGAUUGUUUUUCAUUAUUUGAACAUUUAAUCUAGACUUUUAAUCAUUUUAUUCAAAAUAACGAUUUUCUCAGUACAGCACUGUGUAACUGUAGCACAUGAACACAUGGUUUUAGUAUUUACGUUUAAAGAUUUACUCUCAAGCUAGGGGGGACUAAAUUUAGGGGUAAAAUUAUGCUCAAGUUAGAGGGUAUUAACCUUUUUAACACUCUUUUUAAACACUUUCUUCACUUAUGUAAUUUUAACAACACAUAAAAUUUUAUUUGGGUACUCUUCAGUGAAUAUACUGAACCUUGAAUGAUGAAGCUGAUAAUGAAUUAAUAAUCUUUUAAUAUGGUUUAAUUGUUAUGUUAUAUGUUUUUAAUAUUGUUUUCAAUUUUCUAAGCCAAAACAUAAUUAUUUUACAGCAAAAACACACCAAAAAACCCAUAUAUAUAUAUACACUAUAUUCCCGCUACAUUGUGAAAAAUCAGCAAGACAAAUUUAGAUUUAUUCAAGGAAAAAUGCACUCUGCAGUGAGUAAGUGAAAGACAAGGGAUCACUGUAAUCUGCAUCCUAAGACAAUCAUUAGUAUCAUUUCUACAGCUUUUCUUCAUCUCUAUUAAACAUAGGUGAACUGGGAUUCAGAAAAGGAAUGUUUUCAUACCUUUUGUGAAGAAACUGCUCAGUUUUAUGCUAUGAAGAAAAGCUGCCUAAAAUCACCAGAUGAGAACAACGAACUGGUAAGAUUCCACUGGAACAAAAUCUCAUACAAAGUAAAAUAUUUAGAUAUGCAUAGUCAAAUAGUUUCAAUGUAACCUAUCUGUCUGCAACCAGUAAAAGCCAAAGGUUAGGAGAGAAAAUUCAUUGUUCAAACCUAAGUUCAGAAAAACCAUACUGAUCAUAAUUUUAAUGAUCUGCUAAACUCAGAUAUACCGAGUCAUCUUGGUGCAGCAGAUUAUACUAUUCACAGUGAUUCACACACAAAAAAACAGCAUAUUUAACAAAUAAGUAAGACUUAACCAUAACACCAAAUAUCUAUUUUUAUUUUUAAUUAAACUUUAGCAACCCCUAAAAACAAAGUUUUUUGUAUAAAUCCUUUCUAAAAUUUCAUAUCGAGCAAUGGGGUCGGGGUUGAAAAUUUGACAAAACAUGCAUAGAAGUAACGCAAUUUAUAAUAUAAGAAUCCAAAUUAGUGCUUCCACAACAGCACAUUUUUUUCAUGCACCUGAACUAUAUUAAUAUUCUAAAGACCCACCUGAAUUUAUACCGCAGAUUUAUUUCACCAGCUAUUUCAGAAAAUGAAAUAUUACGCACUAAAGGCACUUGCAAUAGUUUUUUAUAAAGAAUCUCAUUAAGUGCAGUUAUCUGGAAUUUUAUUUUGUGAAAUCAGUUGUAUAUUUCCUUAAUCUUCCCCAUGAAAAACAGGAAAAAAUGUUUUUGGGGGUUAGGGCUGAAAAUUUGAAAGAAUGUUUUAUCAUUGGCAACAAGUCCAUGUGCCAAGUUUAAGUACAAUAACUUAGAUGGAAAGUGGGUCAAUUAGCCAUCCGAAGAUUUUGCCUUCAACAAACAAAAGUGAAGUUAAUAUAAAGGAUUGAAAAAGAUUAUUGUAUUUAUUCAUAAUGGAAAUAGUUUUAUUGUAUUUAUUCAUAAUGGAUUUGCCAUUCAACAGCUGUCAGGGGAAAACAUGAAAGCCUGUCUUGGUGUCAAUAGUUCAAGUAACUCAAAUACUUCUGUAUGUAAUCUAAUCAUAUAAUGCACUGUUUCCAGGAAACCGAAGCUGAUAAAUCAAAAAUUAAACAUAACUGGACGUGGUCAGUGGAGCAUGUGAUUUACCCAGCAAUUAGACAAAUGCUCCUUCCACCUUCAUGUACAGAAAAUGACAGAACCAUGAUACAGUUGGCUAACUUACCAGACUUGUAUAAAGUGUUUGAACGUUGUUAAAAAAAGUAUGGUGUAAUGUGUUGAUGUAAGAUAGUAUUUCGUUUUCUGUUUUUUUUACUAAAAAAUUUAACUAAAAAGUGUAAUUAUUUGUUAUUAAUUAUUAGAAUUUUUGUGUGCACAAAUCUAAACAAUUGACUUACAAUAAUCUUGUGAAACUAAAAAUACCAUUUCAAAUACGGAAUAUGCUGUUUAAACUUUUUGAUCCUUAC